CCGUCCCCAGUGAAAGUUGCGCCCCUGACUAGAUUCUAAAAAGAGAAUCAUGGUUAUUAAGUGAUCAUGAUCAACAUUAUUAUUACAUAGAAUUAAGAGGCAGCAUUUUAUUCAAAACCCUAUAACCAUGCCUCUCCUCAUAGGGUGUCUGAAUAGACUACGCAGCUUGGAAUGAGACCCCAGGCAUUAUCUAUCAAACGCCAAUCAAAAACAAUGACUGUCUCAGAUCACACAGCAGCAGUUGAGGAGAGACUGACUGCUUCAAUUCUUCUUUUUAUAAGAAACAUGAAUUUGUUGAAAAUUCCAAAUUGUUUGCGUAGCCAAUUUACACACAGCUCUGACACACACACUUAUCCCACCAGUCCCCAAAUCCAGAACAAAUUCAAGAAAGCAUACAGUGUUAUAUAUAGCCAGUAUUGCAUGGAACUCCCUUCCAUCUUAUAUUGCUUAAAUGAACACAACGCCUCUCCCCUAUUUGACCUAGAUAGUUUGUGUGUAUGUAUUGAUAUGUAGGCUACAUGUGCCAUUUUUAAAUGUAUGUAGUUCUCUCCAUGUGCUGUUCUUGUCUAUUAAUGUUCUGUAUUAUGUCAUGUUAUGUUAUGAACCCCAGGAAUAGUAUCUGCUGCUUUCACAAUUCUCUCUUUGUGGACAUAUUGAUUGUUCUGGUCUGGAGCUGCUUCUGUCAGUUAUAUUUCCAGAAUGCAGCAGUAGCCAGCCUGGUCCCAGAUCUGUUGGUCCUGUCUUGCCAACGAGGCAAGACUUGGCAAGACAGCACAAAGAGAAUGAAGACCAGGCUAGAAGUAGCCUGAGUCUCGCCCCAAUUACCGCAUACUCUCACACGCUCCUUCAUUAAUUUAUAAUGUGGAUUACAGCACAGACCUAGGUUCAAUUCCAGGCUGUAUCACAACUGGCCGUGAUUGGGUGUCCCAUAGGGCGUCACACAAUUGGCCCAGCGUCGUCCGGGUUAGAGUUUGGCCGGGGUAGGCCGUCAUUGUAAAUAAAAAAAUUGUUCUUAACUGACUUGCCUUGUUAAAUAAAGGUUAAAUAAAAUAAAUACAAAUAAAUGUAGACAGAGACUGCCUGCCAUACCCCUUCCAUCCACAUGGAGGAGCCCAAACUCAGCGCAGGGCAGGACAUUUGGUACUGCUGUGUCGCAUUGAUGCAGAAUCUUCCCUAUAGGCUUAAAAUCAAGAGUUAUCUCUGCAGAGCAAGCAUGUUUAUGAAUUAAAUAGAUCUAGCAACAGUUUGAACAAAAAUCAAACUAUCUGUUAUAUACUCCACUGGCAUUGCAACCCUGGGCUACCUACGUCUCAAAUGGUACCGUAUCAAAACUAGUGCAUUAUGUAGGGAAUAGGGAACCAUCACCUCCAUCCACCCAGGUCUAAGACGCCAUCCUCAUGUCGCAACUCUGACUAAACUGAACACACCCAGUCAGGCCACAUUCAACCCUCUGUUCUCUCUCUCUCUCUCUCCAAGCACAUUUAACUUUGAACUCUUUCGUCACCUUAAUAAGUGUUUGGUUACCUGGAAGUGUUUUAUAGAGGGUAUUAUAUUAUUUUUUAGCGGGGCUUAUAGGAAAUGACAGACAGACACCUUGGACUUGCAGAGAGGUAUCACUGGCUCAUGGUACUCAUGUUGCAGCAGUAAUAGGAUAUUCAAUACUUUUUAGGACAUCUCUGGAGAGCCAUAGAGGAAGCCAAUCAUUGGUGGUAAGAAUUUAGUGGGGUUUGGCUUACAUUAUGGCACAUGGCGUGUUUGUGUCAGAGAAGGCGAGAAAAGCAGACACUCAGUAAUCUUAUGAUGACUUAAUGGAGGAAUCACAUCCUCUCAGAUGCGCUGAGAAUCAAGCUGAUUUUCUGCUGAAUCACUCAAAUAGAUCCUGGCGGCGAAGGCAGCCUCUCAAGAUUCUCUUGUCUUCCAUCAAAAUCCCCCUUUCAUCUGUUCCUGUGAAACCCCACUAAAUCCUUACUACCGUUUGAAGUGUUGUAGUUCCCUGGCAUAGAGUUGAGUUGAAGACCUCACACACACACACACAUGCACGCACGCACGCACGCACGCACGCACGCACGCACACGCACACACACACACACACACACACACACACACACACACACACACACACACACACACACACACACACACACACACACACACACACACACACACACACACACACACACCAAGUGUUUAACCUUGCAGAAGUUUGCCAACCUUACACUUACAUGAGUGUCCACUUUAAAAACUUAGCCCCAAUACCACCCACAAUCCAUCAAUACCUAAAACAGUCCACACCACCCUCAGUCCGCUACCACCCACAGUCCCAACCACCCACAGUCCAUGGAUGAGCAGGCCUCGCUCUGCAAAGAGGUUCAGGCCUUUAUGGCACACCUUUUCCCCUUCAAUCGCUACAUUGUUUACAAAUAACCGACUAAAACAAGCUUAUAUUUUGGGUUAUGAUGAUGUACGACAGUUGAACUAACCUCAUGAAGCAUUUUAUAAGUUAUAUUUUUCUAGAAUCAAUGGGUAUACAGUAUAUCAUAGUAUAUUAAAUGUCAAAAAAUGGAUGUACCAAGAGCAGAUUGCCCCUGUCAUCACUACAUGAACACUCCAGCCCCUGCUCUCUACUCUACAACACUGGAAUGCACUAUUUUAGCAGGAGAAUGAUCCUCUGGAGCGGGAAACCCCCCAAUGUCUAGGAACAGAAAUGUCUUAAAAGGACAGGCGAUGAGAGCAAUUCAGAACAGUCUUUACUUUCUCCACACACACACACACACACAACGUCUGAAACGGUGCCACAGCUAGUGUUAAAACAAAUUCCAACAGGACUUGGUUAGCGGUGACACAGGGAGGGACAAUGACAGCCAAUCAACAACGCCCUGUAUUUCUGUCCUAGAUCUCCCAUGCAGGCUGAAUAUUCCUGAAUAGGCCAGUCUGCCAUCCGGGCACCUAAGACCCAUAGAGAUGGUGUGGCCGGAUCUAUUUUUACCCACCAUGCCCUGCAAAUGGAGCCAAAAUGGCCGCCCAGUGGGCAUACCUCCAGCAAUGAUGUGCUUUGUUGUGACCAAAUCCCUCGCGCUGACCUGCUGCGCGCCGUUCCUUCUCAUGGGCGCGCGGUACUUCUACAGCCACAAAGUCAUCCACAGCUAUCUGGCCUGCGCGCUCCACACUGACAUGGCAGACAUCGAGGAGUAUUACAUGAAACCUACAGGCUCAUGUUUCUGGGUGGCAGUGCUGGAAGGUCAGGUGGUCGGCAUUGUGGCGGCGCAGGGCCGGGAGGACGACAACACGGUGGAACUACGGCGCAUGUCGGUGGACUCGCGCUUCCGCGGCAAGGGCAUUGCCAAGUUGCUGGGGCGUCGUGUGCUAGAGUUCGCCAUGCAUAACAACUACGCCGCCGUCGUCCUGGGAACCACCGCCGUCAAGAUGGCUGCCCACAAGCUGUAUGAGUCACUGGGCUUCCGGCGGACCGGCGGUAGCGAGGAUUACAUGCUGCCCGGAAUGAGCCGCUCGCCGCAAGAGAGGCUCUUCUUCCAGAUCCGUUACCAACGCUACCGUCUGCAGCUCCGUGAGGAGUGAGGGAUGAGAGAGAGGGAGAGAGGGAUGGAGAGAGCAACGACACCACCUCCUCGAGGCAGAGCCCCUCGCCCAACGAGCCUUCUCCUCUGACAACUUUAUUUAUUUUAUAUUAUUAGACUUACUUCUUCUUGCUA